CUAACAAACCAAGAGAGGAUUGAGAGUGUUUUGCAACCAAACCAAGCUGACUCAAUUGAUGAAGAAGAAGAGAUCACUAUCAUUGAGCCAAAACGUCAUGGGCCAAUCAAUACAUUUGCUCCUGAACCAUGCCCUAUUAUAGAAUCACUUUCAACACUGGAAUUGUUUCUACGAAAGCCACUACUUCAGUUGAUAAUCAAACUGACAUUGGUUAUACUCAAAUAAUGGCCCCAGAUAAAUCCAUGGCAAUCACAUUAGCUCCAGCUAAUGGAAGAGAUGCUAUAGCUCAUGAGUCUCCUGUUUCUAAUGAUUGUGCCCCAAUUCUUAAUGUUGUUUCUACUGAUACUCCUAGUGAGGCUGAGGAAGUUGCCAAAACAGUUGAUACCACUGUCCUGGUGAUUAACCCAGCCCCUGCCAAUGCCCUAAAUGAUGCCCCUACUCUGGAAACCACCUCUUUCUUAAUUGACAAUAAACUGCAAUGCUGUGAGGCACACAAUCUGUCUUCUGAGACAGCAUUGGAUGGCACACAGUGUCAUGUUACAAACAGUAAAGAAGAACACAGUUCUGGACCAGCAGAAACUUCAAUCAAUCUAAAUGAAUUUCUAGUCCUCUCUAAAGAAUCAUUAGAAGCCACCAGUGAUGCACACACUCUUUCUCUUGAGAAAGAGAUGGAUGGCACAUUGAGUCCUUCAAAUACAGGAAAUGAUGAGCAUAUUUCUGAUCCUAUUGGCAACAAAAACUUUCCUCCCCUUUCAACUAACACUGCAGGUAUUGACCCGGCUACAAUUGGACCAGUUCUACACACGUUUGACAUUAAAGGACAACAAUAUGAAAUCAGGUCCUACAAUGAAGAAGGGGAGACAUCACAUCAAAGAGAGGAAACCAAUGACUUCCAGGAAGUCCAAAACAGGCGUAGCAAAAAAGCGGUGAAGAGGCCAAAUGCACCAAGAACAGUCAAAACUGGAAGCUAUGACCCAAACCUUGAAGUUGGGACAGUGAGCGAGAUCACCCGAUAUUGGCCAAGUCGCAAAUCAACAACAAUGGAGAAAAUUGUUACUACUAAAAGUUACUCGGGGCCCUUUUGGUAUGUUGGUCCUGUCGGUCCAAUUGGAGUGGAUGGGAAAAGACCAAAGAAAAUAAUGCCCAGAAACCUUUCUUUUGAUCAGCACCCCGGUUUUAUUAUCUGGGAAUGAUCUUCACUCAUGUUGAUUUCCAUUCAUUUUCUUUUCUUUCAUGCAUUUCUAGAGGGGCUUUGGUCUAGUCCUCCCCUCCUUGUACUCUUUUCUUUUUAGUCUUAAUAAAAAUUACUCUUUAUA